GGAGAACAUGAAAAUGGAGACUCAAUCUGCAGGUUACUGCUUCUCAUUUGGGCGUGGAAUGCUAAUUGGUUCAUAGAAAGAGCUCUCAGAUAAUUGGUUUAUAGGGAGAGUCCCAUCCCAAGUUGCAAGACAGUUGCUUUCUCGGAAGAGUUAAGCAGUUGUGUUGCAGCUGGAGAAGGCUAACAGAGAGCUAUCUUGUAAUAGGCUGGGGACAAACUAUAGGCUGUUGUCCUCAGCACUGCAUUCCUUUGAAAACAAUGGUUUUGUUGUCCACUGUUUGGCUCCCUGCGCAUCGUCCUGAGACAUAAAUGAUCUAGUUCUCUCUCCAGCUACAGACUGGACAGUUUAACAUUAAUUGCACACUGAAUCUCCUUCCUAUCAGAUGAAGUGGAGUCUAUUUGAGGGGCCUCAAUCCACAGAUACAGAUGAGACUAGAAAAUAAUUAAGUGCUCGGUGGACUUCAUGAAGCACCUGUGAUCUCCAUGCCAAGAAAUGAAACAGAAAUGUGACCUGUGCUGGCAAAAUGAGUAUUUUUAGAUUCUCCAUUUGAAAACCUUCAAAAUUAUGAAUGGCUGGUUGGAAUCGGACAAAAAAUGACUGAGUUACAUCCAUUAGAAGUUGUUUACAUCAACAGGGCUUUAUAAAAUUGAGUUCUAUUGGUUCAGAGUGAUGUCAUUGGAAAUUCUUUGCAAAUUUUUAGAAAGAAGGUGAGCCUCGCUUCACGGUGAUACCAAACAAUUGGUGGGGGGAUUCGCAGUCAUGCCGCGAGUGAGUGGAGAAAAACACGGAUUUUAUAAGAAAAUUUAAGAUAAAGGACUAAUUUCUGAAGACAAAGCCCGUACAAGGAUGAACUUUCUGAAGAAGAUUUUGAAAUGGAAGUCACACAAAUACAUGAGAGUUUCAGAAUGGAGACAUUUGCAGGUCCCGUGUUUGCCUGGCUGCGACGCUCCCUGGGCAUGUCUGAGAGGGACUACCAGCAAUCUCUAGCAACCCCGCAGGGCUGCUACCUGCAGUUCAUUAGCAACUCCAAGAGCAAGGCUGACUUCUUCCUCACGAAUGACAAGAGGUUCUUUCUGAAGACACAGAGCAAACGGGAAGUGAAAUUCCUCCUGUCCAACUUGAAAAUCUACCUGGAGCACCUGGAGCGCUAUCCCCACUCUCUACUUGUCAAGUUCCUGGGCGUCCACCGGAUCAAAAUUCCCCAUCAGAGGAAGAAAUACUUCAUUGUAAUGCAGAGCGUUUUCUUCCCCGAUGAGAGAAUCGAAGCCAGGUAUGACAUCAAAGGCUGUGAGGUGAGCCGGUGGACCAACCCUGCCCCCGAAGGGAGCCAGGUCAUCGUGGUCUUGAAAGACCUGAACUUUGAGGGCAAGCAGAUCACGUUGGAACAACAGCAGCCCUGGCUGCUCCGCCAGGUGGAGAUUGACACGGCCUUCCUGCAGAGACUGAACGUGCUGGACUACAGCCUGCUGCUGGCCCACCAGCCCUUGCACCGGGAUGAGCGAGCGAUGGGCCUUUCCUUUGCCAGCGUCAUCAUGCGCACCACCAAGUCGGUGAACCCGGGUUGUAGCCCCGCCCACAGCAGCCACGCCUUCGUCCCAGGGGCGGUCCUGGAGGAGGACUCCGCCCUGCUGGUGGCGCAGGUGGACCGGGCGACAGCGCGCUGCCGUGUAAUGGAGACGUAUCACGAGGACGGCCUGCGGCAGGAUCCCGCUGACGUGGAAGCUUCGGUGACAGACCCAGGGCUGCGGGAACUCCUGGUCCAGAACCGGAGGCUGCUGCCCAGCACCAAGAACCCACUGCAUGUCAUCGAUGGCCGGGAGCUGCGCUACUUCGUGGGCAUCAUCGACAUCUUCACCGUCUACGGCUUCCGCAAGAAGCUGGAGCACCUUUGGAAGCGGUUUCGCUACCCGGGCCAGUCUUUCUCCACCAUCAGCCCCCCCGCAUACGCUCAGAGGCUCUGCCAGUGGGUGCAGGGGCACAGCCAGUGACCCGCAGACCCCCCCAGGGCAGGGGGAAAGUUUCGGGGGAACGACAAGGGACUAGGGGAUGUCAUGCUAUUGAGCGAGUACACUGCCCACAAGUCCACUGCCCAUGUGUUCAUGCCCCCCCCAUGCUCACAGGGUCAGAAGUACUUCUUCUUUUUCAUUGGGUUCUGUAUUUGAUUAGAUUCAAUAUUAUGUUACCUUUUUCCAUACCGUUCCAGGAAAAGGAAAUAUUCAAUUUCAGUCUCAAACAUAUGAAACCACGUUCUGUCCUGGUUAGGUGAUAUGGGACGAAAACCUCAGGGUUUUUGUUUUUAAUCACAUGCCAUAUAUGGACCAGGAACGGGCCAAAAGCUUAGCCAACACCUAGUAAAACAGACAAUGGUUUUGCUACAUUACUACAUUUGUGAGGCUUUCCUGGGUUCGAUUCAGAAUAUUCUCAAUAGAAUAUCCCUUAGAUAUCCAUCCCGAGGACGUACCGCUUCCUUACUGCCCUGUGCUGCCUGGGACAGGCUCCAGAUCACCCCCGAUAUUUAAUUUGACUUCAUGUGUCUCCUCCAAAACAGACCUUUAUACUUAAAUUAUUCAACUGUGCAGCCCCGCCCCCAAACUCUCUCCUGUGCCAUUAUGCUAAGAAUACAAGAAUACAUGGAAAGAUGAAUGGGUGGGCGUCCCUGAUAACCAGCUCCUGAAGUAAAUCGGCUGCAGCAGGUGUAGUGGCUGUUUCCAUGGGAAGUGCAUCAUCUCUGUUCUCCGUCUUUUUCCUCGAUUAGGUGCAGUUCAAUCUGGUAGUUAUUUUGAGAAUAAAGGACUCAUUUCAUUUGCAGUGUGAGCCUCUGUUCUCACUUCUGUAGCUUUCGAUCACUGGAAGCAAACGUCAAAACAAACACUUGUCCGUCUGCAGGCUGGAGCAGUGAGCGUAUCAAAUGGUUUGUGGGCGUGUUGAAAGAGUUAUGGGUGUGUUGAAAGGUGGGUGUGUCAGUAAGGUGGAACUGGGUGGAACCACACAUCAUUCUCUUUAUGCUUUCUGGAAAUAUGGCGAUAAGUGUGGCGUUACAUGUAAACACACAUAGGAAACGGCUCACGCUAUAUGAACAAGUAUGAAACAGGCAUUUAAUUAUAGAUCUCUGUUAAUCAUAGUCAUUACCUGACCUUUAUGUCUGGUGAGUGUCUGGUCUCUUUCUGAAAUCAUGUUUAUUGACAGCAUUUUCAACCAACAAAAUUAUUCUUUUGGCACAGCUGCUCUACUGCACGUCAACUUUAGACACGCCCACGUUAAUACACGCCCACCUUUGACACGCCCUUCUUUUGACACACCCACCAUUCCAUCCUGUAGACACUCAUGUCUCCUAUAGGUGGUUCAGCAUGACUUAACUAACUGAUUUGGUGGUGGGAAACUGGGUCAGGUUCUGCAGUUUGUUUUUUACCAGAGCAGGUGAGAUGUUAGAUCAUAGUGAUGGAACAGAGUCAACAAGUUGAGCAGUAAGAAGUGAAAGAAACAGUCUUCUCGGGGUUUGACCUGUACAUGCACCUCCGUAUGUAUCUCCAUAAAUCUCCAGUUAGUCUAACGAGUAAGUUAUGACGGCCAUGCAGGUCAUACUGCUGACUCUCGCCAGGGGCCUGAGCCUAUCUCUACACUGAGCCUCAGCGAUUCCCCUCGCUGCUGCUUUGAUCCUCAUGUUUAUAACCAUACCUACCUGCAGCUAAUCCCAUGGCCUCUGGAAGAUACCUUGGGAAUUUCACACGUAUUUUGACAACUUUCCAGACACUGCUUUGUUAAUUUGUGAGAAUUGAAACAUAGGAACAUUUAUGUCACAGGGAAAUCAUCAAGAAGAUUCUGGUCAGCCAUGAAAAAUGACGAAUGAAAAUAUGCAUGUUAUUUCUCGUCUUGUCUGUGAUUUGCCAAGCGGUGUUUGCCAAGUUGCCGGAUUUUGCAGAGGAUUAUAGGUAAAGGUUGUGCUCACUGUAUGUGUGCUGACGCCCCACGAUGCACACGGUGACGCACCCCAAAUCCUCCCUUGUAAUGGGUGUCUUGGGUCCGUCCUCUGCUUCAUAUUUUUAUUCCACGUGCAGAAUGUGUAAAUCUGUGGGUGUGUGAAGUCUGAGCUAUUACUAUGAAAAAAUACAAAAAAAGAAAUAAUGUUAUCCAAAGCAUGAGUUCCUGUGCAUGAGGAAAAUCGGUAAACAUAGUUAUUUAAAAGUUAAUUUUAAGUAAGGAAAAAGAAAGUAUGCAAUUUCGGAGGCCUACAAGAGCAGAAUCUCCGACCUACUGAUGCAGCCAUAGACCAUAAGACCCAGCCUGAACACCAAAGAGCUCGUCUUUUCUCACGCAGAGACAAAUUCCUCUUUGUGAAAUGUAUGCAUAAAAUGUCUAUGCCUUUAACUAAAUAAAGCGUUUUUAUCACAAA